AGACAUGCAUAUAUUAUGCCCAUAUAAAAACCCCGUCGCCAAGUACCAACCGCAAAGGCGCCGCCCUUCUCCAAUCUCCACUGACUCUCCCCCAGCAGCCGAUCGGUUAAUCGCUCAAUUCCAUCCAAGAUCCAACUACCAUGUCGACGGCGUCGCUGGGCAUCGCGGCGCUGCUGGACGCCUACUACCGGCGGCGGUUCACGGCAGCGGGGCUUGUCGAGUCCACCGUGGCCCUCGAAGACGGCGCCGCGACGACGACGAUGCACUGCUGGCGCUUCCCUCCUCCUGAUGGCGCGCGCGAGAAGGACAACGACGAUCCCCGGCCCGUGCUGGUCCUUCUCCACGGCUUCGGCCCACCGGCGACGUGGCAGUGGCGGCGGCAGGUGGGCCCGCUCUCGCGCCGGUUCCGCCUGGUCGUGCCGGACCUGCUCUUCUUCGGGCCGGGCUCCCGCACGUCGGCCCAAGGCCCCGGGGCCCGCUCCGAGGCCCACCAGGCCGAGGCGGUCGCCAAGCUCAUCGCCGCCAUCGUCCCCUCCGGUUCCGGCGCGUCGCCGGUGUCGGUGGUCGGGACCAGCUACGGGGGCUUCGUGGCGUACCACGUGGCGAGGCUGCUGGGCCCGGGCCGCGUGGGCCGGGUGGUGAUCGCGAGCUCCGAUCUGCUCAAGGGCGCCGACGACGACCGCGCCCUGCUGCUGCGCGCGGCUGCGGCCGGUGCUAGUAGUGCUGCCGCCGUGGCAGAGCGCGUGGAGGACCUGAUGCUGCCGCGGACGCCCGAGCGGAUGCGGCGGCUCAUGGAGCUCGCCUACCACAAGCCUCGCCGGUUCACCCCGGGAUUCGUGCUCCGCGACCUCGUCCAGUUCCUCUACAGCGACAGCAUAGAGGAGAAGCAGGAGCUGAUCAAAGGGAUAACCCUGGGGGACAAAGAUAAGUUCCAGCUCACACCCCUCCGCCAGCAAGUCCUUGUGCUGUGGGGACAGCAUGAUCAGAUCUUCCCCAUAGAGAAGGCAGUCCAGGUGGCAAGGCAGCUAGGUGCGAAUGCAAGGCUGGAGAUCCUGCAGAACACUGGCCAUAUGCCCCAUGAGGAGGACCCAAAGCGGUUCAACGAAGCUCUCCUCAACUUCUUGCUACCGCCUCCAAGUUCUGCGCUGUGAUGCAAUUAGAGUUCCUAAUUUAAGCCCAAUCUUUACCUAAAGGUUAUGUAAAGUUAGUUCUUUGUUGGUUCGUCUUCUCGACGAUUCAGGUUCUUCAAGGGAGGAAAUGUUAUACCAAUGGGAAAAAUAUAUAUACAAAUGCUCUGUUUGUUUCC